CCUAUCCUUCUACUUUUCUUCUUCUUCUCUUCAGCAAAACUUUUUUUUUUUCCUCUGGUAGAAAGUUUUUGUUGUAUUGCUUUAGCAAGAAGCAAGACUCCUCUUAUUUGUACCUUUCUCUUUGUCAUUCAAGAACCACUCCAUUUUUCUUUCCUUCAAUUUUCAUUUCUCUAUAGAUUUGAUUCCUUCAUUCAUUAAACUUCUGUUUGAAAUUUUCUUGAAUUCAAUAUUUAGUAAUUUUUUGAUUAUUAUUAUUUUCCUUUUUUUUGUAGAUUUGAUUCCUUCACUCAUUAAACUUCUGUUUGAAAUUUUCUUGAAUUCAGUAUUUAGUAAUUUUGAUUAUUAUUUUUUUUUCAUUUUUUUGUAGAUUUGAUUCUAACACACGUUCAUGUUCUUUUCCUUGCAGAGAAACUCGUCCAUGGAAUCACCGGGAAGCAAAUCCUCCACCGUCAAGAAGGCAGAGUUUCCGCCUCGCCGCGGAAGAGUGAAGAGAGAGAUCUUUGGCGUUUUGGCCAGUUCCAUCUUUUCCGCCGCCGUGUUAGCCGGUGGAGUGUUCGGCAAGAACGUCGGAGGUGGUGGCUCUUCUUCCUCCACCGCCACUCCUCCGAGCGGAUACACCUCCGACCAGAACAGCGAAACCAUUUGAAGCAAGAAAACAUAUAAAGAUAUAAUUACGAAAGUGCCACUGGUUUAUUUCACCACCAUGGCAUGAUGACACACAAUACUAUGCGGCUCUGUUCGUUUUUGAAAACAGAACGCAUCCUUUAUCCAUAUUCGGUUCGGUUUAUUAUUUGUGGUUUGUUUUAAUUUGGUGUGGUACGCCCGGUUUAACUUCUGUUUUUUCGUGGGUUAAACUUGGUGUACGUUUUAAUUUGCUUUGUUAAACAAAACUAUCUCCCUAAUCUGUUGUUUCUACGUGUUUUUUUUAAGUGGAGUAAUGAUGUCCUCAGGGAGAUAUUUUGUUUUGGGUUUGCUUUGGUUUGGAUCACCUUGUAUAAGUUUGCUUUUUUUUUUAAUGUCUGUUUGUAUUCUAAAUGCAAUGUAUAUUUAAGCGUGUUUUGUA